AUGUACGGAACGAUCUUAGAAAGUGUUCAGUAUUUGCAUGAAUUGAAUCCACAGACCAUUCACAGAGACCUCAAACCAGAAAACAUAUUGAUUGCCAAAAAUGUACGGAACGGUAGAUUUGUUAAGUUAUGUGACUUUGGUUUUGCUACAGUUCACGACAAACGCGUUCACUACAGGACUACACAAAAACAUACGGCAGAUGUGGGAGACGUGAAAUAUAUGGCACCAGAAAUAUCUUAG